AUGACCCUCAAUUCGUUGACGGGGACUAUCCCCUCCCAUGCACAGUCCUCGCUGCCUUCGCUUCCUGCCUACCUUCAAUCGGACACCCACCUCACGGCUCAUCUGGCUAGCAGAUUCUAUGUGUCUUUACCUACAGCGCGGCUAUCUUCUCAAGGGCUGAUAUGCCUCAACACCUACACAUCUUCAACCAGAGGACCAGAUGGGCAAAAAGAAGGGAGUGCGAUGGGGGAAGCAGAUGAUUUGGCGAGACGUGCUUGGGCUCGUUUGGGUGGAAGAGGUGAAAAUCAGGCCAUCAUCUUCCUGGGAGAAUCGGGUUCUGGAAAGACAACCGUUCGCUCCCAUCUUCUUUCUUCCUUCCUCUCCUUAUCAUCGACUCCACUCUCAGCUAAACUCUCACUUGCUGCAUUUGUUUUCGAUACUUUGACAACCACGAAAUCUAUCACCACUCCGAUUGCUUCAAAAGCUGGCUUGUUCUUCGAGCUUCAAUAUGAUGCUUCGUCGACCAUCAAUCCAACGUUGAUCGGCGGUAAAAUUUUGGACUAUCGGCUGGAAAGAAGCCGCAUUGCAUCAGUUCCCACAGGUGAACGUAGUUUCCAUGUGCUCUACUACCUCCUCGCCGGAACUACUGCUGCUGAGAAAGCACAUCUGGGAUUGGACCACUCGAUUGAUAUCCGCUCCGGCGGAUCUGGCAACCGGUCAUCUGGCACAAUCUCCCAUAAGAGAUGGCGGUAUCUUGGACAUCCAACGCAGCUGAAGGUCGGGAUCAAUGACGCUGAAGGUUUCCAACAAUUCAAAAAUGCUCUUCGCAAAUUACAGUUCCCUCGAAGUGAAAUUGCGGAGAUCUGCCAGAUUCUUGCUUGUAUCCUACACAUUGGGCAGCUGGAGUUUACUACCGGUCAAGCCACUCUGACAAGCGCGGAGGAAAGUGGUGGAUAUUCACACGAGGGUGGUGAGAUUGUUACCAUAGUGAAGAACAAGGACGUUUUGGGAAACGUGGCGGCAUUCCUUGGAUUGAGUGUGGCUGAGCUCGAGACAAGCCUAGGCUACAAGACGAAAACUAUCCAUCGUGAACGUGUCACUGUCAUGCUGGACCCCAAAGGCGCGCGGGAUAACGCUGAUGACCUUGCUCGAACUCUCUAUGCUCUUCUGGUUGCCUAUGUGAUGGAGAACAUCAAUCAGCGUAUAUGUGCUGCAGAAGAUUCAGUUGCCAAUACCGUCUCCAUCAUUGAUUUCCCGGGCUUUGCCCAAUCAGCUGUCACCGGGUCAACUUUGGAUCAACUAUUGAAUAAUGCCGCUACAGAGUCACUUUACAACUACUGUCUGCAGAGCUUUUUCGACCGCAAAGCAGAAUUGCUUGAAACUGAAGAGGUCAGCGUCCCUGCAACUAGCUAUUUUGACAACUCAGAUGCCGUCAAAUGUCUCCUGAAACAGGGCAAUGGGCUUCUGGCAAUCCUGGAUGAUCAAACAAGACGGGGACGGACGGAUACCCAACUGCUCGAAGCCUUGAGGAAGAGAUUUGAAAACAAAAAUCCAGCAAUUUCUGUCGGGAGUGCCACGGCUACCCUUCCUGGCAGUAAUUUCGCUUCGAAGAAUCUGGCUGCCACUUUCACAGUUCGGCAUUUUGCAGGAGAAGUUGAUUAUCCUAUCCAAGGCCUGGUUGAGGAAAAUGGUGACAUGGUUUCUGGCGAUUUAAUGAACCUCAUCAAUUCUACCUGGAGUUCUUUCGUGCGGGAACUAUUUGGCCAGGAAGCUCUCCAAACCGUGCGCCAUCCUCAGGAAAAAUCGGCCAUCAUGCAAGCCCAGGUUAUGUCAAAGCCACUUAGAAUGCCAAGUAUGGCAAGACGCAAAAUAGAUGGACCUGCCCGAGUUAAAGCACUCGCGGCUCAGGAGGAAAAUGAUGAUGACGAUAUUUCUGGUAGUGGUGGUUCUGCUUCUGGAUCUAAAAGGCAGAAGAAAGGAAGCCCCGCAUAUGGUCCUAAUCAGGGUGCUGCUGCCCAAUUCCUCGCAUCUUUGAACAUCAUCAACAAAUCCCUGACCGCAACCAACGUGAAUCCCUACUUCGUGUUCUGCCUGAAGCCCAACGAUCGUCGAAUUGCAAAUCAAUUCGAUAGUAAAUGCGUUCGAACCCAAGUGCAAACACUUGGUAUUGCAGAAAUCAGUCAACGGCUUCGUAAUACAGAUUUUACCGUGUUUCUUCCCUUUAGUGAAUUCAUUGGAUUGUCAGAUACGGAAUCGGUCAUUGUUGGGAGCGAUAAGGAAAAAUGUCAGUUGGUGGUUGAUGAGAGGAGGUGGCCUGCAAAUGAAGCUCGGGUUGGAAGCACUGGAGUAUUCUUGAGUGAGAGAUGCUGGGCAGAUAUUGCAGGGGUCGGCGAACGAGUUGUCCCUAGCUACAGCGGAGAUGGAAUGGAUGACGGAGAUGGAAUGCUUGGAGUUGGCACGAAAAUGCCAUAUGGAGACUCGAAAGUUCGUCUCCUUAAUUCCCCCGACCUGUCUCCUGGGGCCUUUAUAUAUGGAGACGAAACCAAGCAGGGUUUCUAUAGCGCUCGUGAAAUCGACUCUCGUUCCGAUGCGGGGGCAUCCGCCUUCAACUCCGGCGACAUGUUCAAGAACUUGGAGACUCGAGAGCAAAUGGCUGAGAAGGGAAACGAGAGGAAAAUGGAAGAAGUCGACGAUGUUGUCGUUUCUGGCAGCCGCAAACGGUGGUUAGCCGUCGUUUAUAUACUUACUUUCUACAUUCCUGAUUUUAUCAUUAGAUUCAUAGGACGGAUGAAGCGGAAAGAUGUCCGAGUUGCGUGGCGAGAAAAAUUUGCGAUUAACCUCAUCAUUUGGUUCAGCUGUGGGCUCGCCGUCUUUUUCAUUGUCGUCUUCCCCCGAAUACUUUGCCCGAAACAACACGUCUUUUCACCUAGUGAACUUUCCUCCCACGACGGAAAGGGUAACAAUCAAGCCUAUAUAGCCAUUCGGGGCGAGGUGUUCGAUCUGGGCGCUUACAUACCCUCCCACUAUCCGAAAAUUGUUCCUCGGGAAGCGUUGAGGAAGUAUGCAGGCAUGGAUGCUACGAAGCUUUUCCCUGUGCAAGUUAGCGAACUUUGCAAAGGCGUUGAUGGUAGCAUUGAUCCUUCCGUCCUCCUUGACUUUACAUCUCCCAAUAGAACCGGCUCUGUGACUGUUUCGCGAGACAAUGACCCGAACGCUCAAUACCAUGAUUUCCGAGCUUUCACCAAUGAUUCCCGACCACGUUGGUAUUCUGAUAAAAUGAAUAUGUUGAGGAUGAACUACAGGAAAGGAUAUGUCGGGUACUCUCCAAGAUACCUGAAGACCCUCGCUGAUAAAGAUCAAUCCCUUGCGGUCCUUGACGGGUAUGUGUAUGAUUUGACAAAUUAUAUCAUCGGAGGCCGUCGACUUAAGGCACCACCUGGUGAGGAUCUACCCGAGAAUGUCAACGUCAACUUCAUGGAUCCCUUGGUUGUCGACUUAUUUCAACAGAGACCUGGACAGGAUAUCUCAGAGUUAUUCAGACGGCUUCCUCUGGGAGAUAAUGAAAGCACCAUGAGAGCCUGCUUGACCAAUUUGUUUCAGGUUGGCAAGCUUGACACUCGAAGCUCGAUUCAGUGUCAAUUCUCUCAGUAUUUUGUUCUCGCCGUAUCAAUUCUCUUGGUCACAAUCAUCGGCUUCAAGUUCUUUGCCGCAUUGCAAUUCGGAAGAAAAAAUCUACCGGAAAAUCUUGAUAAAUUCAUCAUAUGUCAAGUGCCGGCGUACACUGAAGAUGAAGAGUCUCUGCGUCGAGCUAUAGACUCAAUGGCUCGAAUGAGAUAUGAUGAUAAGCGCAAACUCCUGGUUGUUAUUUGCGAUGGUAUGAUUAUUGGUCAAGGGAAUGAUCGGCCCACUCCCCGGAUUGUCCUGGACAUCCUUGGAGUUUCUGAUACUGUUGACCCGGAACCUUUGAGCUUUGAAAGUUUGGGAGAAGGUAUGAAGCAGCACAAUAUGGGUAAAGUAUACUCUGGAUUAUAUGAAGUCCAAGGCCAUAUCGUGCCUUUCUUGGUCGUUGUCAAGGUGGGCAAACCUUCGGAGGUCUCUCGUCCUGGAAACCGUGGAAAGCGAGAUUCGCAAAUGCUUCUCAUGCGUUUCUUAAACCGGGUUCAUUACAAUCUUCCCAUGAGCCCACUUGAACUGGAAAUACAUCAUCAGAUCCGUAACAUCAUUGGAGUCAAUCCCACAUUCUACGAGUUCAUACUACAAGUAGACGCAGAUACCGUAGUCGCCCAGGACGCUGCAACUCGAAUGGUCGCAGCCUUCCUACACGAUACGCGCAUUAUCGGUCUUUGCGGAGAAACAGGUCUCACCAAUGCCAAGUCCUCCAUGAUAACGAUGAUUCAGGUUUACGAAUACUACAUAUCUCAUAAUUUGACCAAAGCGUUCGAGAGUCUCUUCGGGUCCGUGACGUGUUUGCCUGGUUGCUUUACUAUGUACCGUAUUCGGUCAGUUGACACUGGAAAACCCCUAUUCGUUAGCCGAGAGGUCGUGGAAGCUUAUUCUGAGAUCCGCGUCGACACCCUCCACAUGAAAAAUCUGCUCCACUUGGGUGAAGAUCGUUAUCUCACUACACUCCUUUUGAAGCACCACCCGAAGUACAAGACGAAAUACAUUUUUAAUGCCCAUGCCUGGACCAUCGCACCUGACAGUUGGGCAGUCUUCAUGUCUCAGCGCCGAAGAUGGAUUAACUCUACUGUACACAAUCUUAUCGAGCUUAUCCCUCUCCAGCAACUAUGUGGUUUCUGCUGCUUUAGCAUGAGAUUCGUCGUUUUCGUUGAUCUUUUAAGUACCGUUAUCCAGCCAGUGACAGUUGCAUAUGUCGUAUACCUCAUCGUUCUCAUCGCCGUCAACCCAUCCCUCAUCCCGAUAACCGCAUUUAUUUUGCUUGGAGCAAUCUAUGGUCUACAGGCCGUUAUUUUCAUCCUUAGACGCAAAUGGGAAAUGGUUGGCUGGAUGAUCAUUUAUAUCCUCGCUAUGCCAGUCUUCUCAAUGGGCCUCCCUCUCUAUUCCUUUUGGCACAUGGACGAUUUCUCAUGGGGUAACACCCGUAUCGUCACAGGAGAGAAGGGUCGCAAGAUUGUUAUCUCGGACGAGGGCAAAUUUGAUCCUGCAUCGAUCCCAAAGAAGAAGUGGGAAGAGUACCAAGUUGAGCUCUGGGAAGCACAAACCCAACAAGACGAUCGCUCCGAAGUCUCCGGCGUGUCCUAUGGCACCCGAUCCUAUCACCCAGCCGCAUCUGAAUACGGUUUCCCGGCCUCACGGCCUGCUUCUCAAAUCGAACUUAACCGGUUUGUCACCUCACGCAUGUCCUUGGCUCCUUCUGACACGUUGGGCAAUGGCCCUGAGAUGGAGAUGGUGGAUCUCAUGGGCCUCCCGAGUGAUGACUCCCUACUUGCGGAGAUCCGUGAUAUUUUACGUACGGCGGAUUUAAUGACUGUUACGAAGAAGAGUAUCAAGGCUGAGCUGGAGCGGAGGUUUAAUAUUAAUCUCGAUGCCAAGAGGCAGUAUAUCAACUCUGCAACCGAAGCCGUCCUUUCCGGACAACUGUGA